GUCCCGUUGGUUCUGCACUUCAUUUUCAUCUGGCACCAUGCGCUUGAAAGGCUUUUCUAGCAGAAGAGCAUUCACAUUUCUUCUCAUUGGCCUGUUGGUGCUUGCGACACUUGUACCCAAAGUCAAGGCAUGGGAACAAGGCGACUUUGAAAUCUUUGAUCUGGUUGAUGAGCUUGAAAAGUCCGAAGGCAAGGACGUCAACUUUUACAGCUGGUUGAAUAUUAAACCCAACGCUUCUCCCAACGAUAUCGGUAAAGCGUACAGAAAAAUGUCGCUUAAACUUCAUCCUGACAAGAACAAGUCCGAUAAGAAAGCCAAGGAGCGUUUUGCACGAUUGGGCAAAAUCGCCGCCAUUUUGCGUAAUCCUGCCAGCCGUGAACGAUACAAUUUCUUUUACAAGAAUGGUGUCCCGCGUUGGCGAGGAACCGGAUACCUGUACCAGCGUUUCCGCCCUGGUGUGGGUUUUGUUUUGGGCUUCCUUUUUGUCGUGAUCGCCGCCAUGCAAUACAUGACCCGAUGGAUCAUACACUAUCGCGAAAAAUCAAAGAUCAAGGAACUCAUCGAUGAAGCCCGAUCCACCAUGCAUGUGAAUAUGCCAAAAGGCCACACCGCGCCUUCCUUUGGUCGAAGCUAUGUGACAAUUGGACAACGUGCGUUGCGUUGUGAGGUGAAAUCCGAUACGUACAUCAUUGUAUACCCCGAAGGCGAACACGAUCCCGUGCAUUUGGAUAUCAGCAGCAUGGCUCCCCCUCGCAUUUGGGAACUGUAUAUUUUCAGAUGGCCCGUCUCUCUGUAUUACAAGGUAUCCGGUAAAAAGCACCCAGUGCCUGCUGCCGAGUCCGAGGAAGAAGGAGACGAUGACGAUCGCAAAGCCGACGUAGACACAGACGAAACCCAAGGUCAGAAAGCUGCCAAAAAGAAGAAGAAGUCGGAAAAAGUGGCUGUAACAGGAUCUAAAGUCGGUGGUCGAAGACGUGCUGUUAAAAAGAACCAAUAAUUUAUCUCAAGAAUCGUCUUUUGGUGGAUGCAUUUUUGAUUAGACAAUAACCUUUUUUACAUGAAAAAUUACACCCUAUUUUUACACGUGUAAAAUAAAUUGAACAUAUCUUACGG